UUAAUAAUUUACUUUUCAUGAAUGCAGAACCAAGUCUGACUGUUCGCAAUUAACACUGGCUUGACAGGGAAGACAACAAGAGAGGUGAAGAAGCGGAAAGUUUGGUUCCAUGUAUGUUGUUAUUCAGAAUAUUAAUAGUUAGAAUUUGGAGGAGAAAUUUAAAAAACACAGAUAGAGAAGUAAAAUGGGGAUGAUGGAGGAACUGCAUAUAUCGCCGGCGGAUGCUGAUCCUCGACCGGAGAAGCAGCAGCAAGCUGCCGGAGUGGGAAUUCUGCUACAGAUUAUGAUGCUCGUCCUCUCCUUCGUUCUUGGACACGUUCUUCGCCGUCACAAGUUCUAUUAUCUCCCUGAAGCCAGUGCUUCCCUUCUCAUUGGUUUAAUCGUUGGUGCACUUGCUAAUGUCUCAGACACAGAGACAAGUAUCAGGGCAUGGUUCAAUUUCCACGAGGAAUUCUUCUUCUUGUUUCUGUUACCUCCCAUCAUCUUUCAGUCAGGGUUCUCUCUGUCACCCAAACCAUUUUUCUCCAACUUCGGAGCUAUUGUCACAUUUGCUAUUCUAGGAACGUUUAUAGCUUCUUUUGUUACGGGUGUUCUCGUAUACCUUGGUGGUGUGGUGUACCUCAUGUACCGGCUUCCACUUGUUGAAUGCCUCAUGUUUGGUGCUCUUAUAUCAGCAACUGAUCCUGUCACUGUUUUGUCCAUAUUUCAGGAACUUGGCACUGAUAUGAACCUCUAUGCUUUGGUGUUUGGAGAAUCUGUUUUAAAUGAUGCUAUGGCAAUAUCAUUGUACAGGACGAUGUCCUCUGUGAAAAGUCAUGCUUCAUCUGGUCAAAACUUUUUGAUGUUGAUUGUCAGGUUUCUUGAGACCUUUGUUGGUUCAAUGUCUGCAGGUUAGGUUUCCAGUUG